AUGCCUGUGAGAGUAGUAUUGGAGAACACUCCCACCCCUUCUCACGUUUCUGCUGUAACUCCAAGGCGUCGUUCAGUCCAAUCUUGUACUCUUCUAUGUGCUGGACAGGCCUUUUCUGGGACUCAGAAUGUUUCAAGCUUACAAAAAGAUGAAGCAUGGAGGGUAAAUGUCCGAUUACAAGGAUGUGAUCUUGAGCACGGAUAUCUAUGUGGCACCAUGGAAGCUCUUAAUGUUCCUAUGGCAGACACACCUGUAGUAACAUUCUGGGAAGGGGAGAUUGUUGAUGCAAGGAAUUAUACUUUCUUCACCGGCAAAUGGGAAGCAGCGCCAGAAGAUGAUAUAAGGCAUUGGACUAAGUUUACGUCGUUUUCCCCUCUAUUGAGUCAAGUAGAGGUAGAUGGUGGCAAGUCUAUGGACCUAAGCAACUAUCCCUACAUAUUCAUGAGAUGGAAGGAGCAGUACUUUGUGAAUGUCGGAACUGACUGUGGGUUAACUAUAGCUGGAUUUUACUAUGUUUGUUUCUCGUGCAGCGAUGGCUCUAUCAGCGGAUUCUACUACGAUCCAAAUAGCAGCCCGUUUCAGAAGCUUGAGUUGAAAGCCACAAAUGAUGGAAGAUCGGGUUUCUCUUUUUCAUCGUAUGAGCUACAAUAG